CAAAAUGUAAGGCCAAAUACAUAGAGCAGGAUCAGCUGGGCCAGGGAGGAUGUGGAUCUGUGUUUGCCGGAUAUCGCAGAGCAGAUAAUUUACCUGUAAGUAUCAUACUGACACAGCUUAUUGAGGCAGCAAUUGAACUUGAGACCCAGUGCAUCUUUCAACGAGAAAUCAAGGUGGAAAAUAUUCUGAUCGAGACCGGUUCAGAUGUCCCUCGCAUUCGCCUUAUCGACUUCGGACUGAGCUGCUUCGCCAAGAAAGGAUCCUUCUACCGCAAUUUCUACGGUACCGCUUCUCACAUCCCUCCCGAGUGGUACAGUCAUUGCAUAUACAGGCCCAGCCCCACCACAGUGUGGCAGCUGGGAGUGGUCCUGUUUGAAAUGCUCCACAAAGUUCCAUUUGAGACCACCAAGUUCCUUGGAAACAAGCUGAGAAUCAGCAAAAAGCUGUCCAAAAACUGCCAGGAUUUUUUGAGAAUGUCUUUGACCGAAACCCCCCAGCAGCAUCUUACCCUGGAGCAGAUCCAACUUCACCCAUGGCUCAGAUAA